GGCAGCUGAGUUAUGUGAAGGCGGGUUGAUAUGUACGUGUUUGACUCUCACCAAAGUCUCUCACAUGCUGAAGAACAACCCUUUGCUACUUUCCACUUCACCUGAUGGAAACUUUGAAAUGCUGCCUCUCACUACAUGGAUAUGCUGUUGUGUUUACGGUCCUUGCAAUGAUCAGCAAAGGGUCACCAUGUGAAGCUCCUUCCAGUCCUGAGUGCUUCAGAAGAGGUGCCUAUGAAAACACGUUCAAGUGUGAGUGGAGCAUGAAUACAACAGAGAGCGAUGUGACAUUUGACUUCUACCUUAAUGAAACAAAAAUUGAGAGCAUAAAGAAUAACACCUCAGCUGAGUUUACCAUGGAACGGCUCAUCAUACUGGAAACUGUGUACAUCUGGCUGGAGGCUCAUGAUGGAAAGUCCAGCUGUACAUCACUCGAGAGUUUUGUUGUCCUGGCCGACAUAGUUAAGUAUGAAGCUCCACAGAAGAUUAUGAUAUCACGGGUUAAAGACAACCUCAAAUUAAGAUGGAAAGCAGCAGAGAACUAUCCAGCAUUAGCCGAGGUCCGGUUCCGUCGACAUGGACACCCCAAUGUAUCAUGGGUGAACACACUGCAUUCAACAAAAACCAAGGCAGGGACUUCAGAGUAUUGGGACAGCGACACUGUUUGUCCCCAGGCAGAGACCGGUUCCAGUUUCCCUAACGCGUUGUCUUCUUCAUACAACCAACUGCUCUAUGUCCUUCUUCACCGCAGUGAAAACAAUUCGGUCAGUCUGUUGAGUAACUCUGCUUACCAGGUUCAGAUCAGACAAAAGUCCACUCAAGCCCGUAAACCACUGUGGAGCAACUGGUCUCCAGUUGUGGACGUUCCUGCAGAACUUAAGGAAAAACCUGACGUCAAGAUGACAUCAGAACCUGUGAAUGGCACUCUAACUGUGACGCUGUUUUGGAAGCGGAUGCCUUCUGCCACAGCAGUCACAGGAGUGACGUACAUCCUGAAUAACACGCAGUAUUCUCGCGGCUGUCCCUGUGUGAAGAGCACCCAGCUCAUCAAAAAUAACAAAAAAACUUUUCACUUACCCUACUCUGCUGUCGAUGUCAAUGUCUCUGUCAUUGCCAACAACACAGCAGGGUGUUCUCCUCCAGCUGUCGUUCAUUUACCUGCUGUGACUGCAGCAGAUUUAAAAGCAUGCACUGCAACGUUAUUGAAUGAAAAAUUAGACAGGAAGACUUGCCUUGAAUGGUACGAGCUUCACAACGGAGUUCCGAGUCCAGAAAAUGUGAUCACUUUAACAGGAGGGCAGAAGAAAAAGACCAGGAAAAGAAAAGGAAAGGUUUAUGUUACAGACCUGAAGGACUUUGUUCGUUACCUUUACUAUGAGCACAGAUGUGAUGACGGGAAACCACGGACAGUUGAAAUGUGUCUCUUUUAUAAAAAAGAGGAUGCUCCCCUCACAGAGCCGCAGCAUUUCAGUGCUUCUGAUGAAACACACUGCUCUGUGAACCUGUCUUGGCAAGAGAUUCCCUACGAGGAGCAGCGAGGUUUCCUCACACACUACAGCCUCUGCAGGGAGAAAAUCAGCUCUCAGGAUGAACGCCAAGAGUGCCACAACAUCUCUGCCUCAUUGAUCAUAUACCGUCUGGAAAACUUGACCCCCGCAACCAAGUACACCAUCAGCCUGGCUGGAGUGACACAGGGGGGAGAAGGACCUAAAGCCACGAUCACAAUCAAUACACUGCCAGAAAAUACUUUUAAUGUGUGGUGGAGUCUCGGCUUGCUGUUGUUGUUCUUUUUAUUCCCAACAAUGUGUGCCUUUAUUUUUAAGAGAAUCAAAAUCAGGAUCUGUCCUCCUGUGCCGACACCUGUUAUUGAUUUCAACUCUUAUCCAACGAAGAAUCAGGAAAUGCAGGUCAGAAAGGAGGAGGUGCAUCAACUGACACUGCACGUGCUGCCCCCGGAGGACAAGACUGUCCCAGAGGAGACAGAGGGGAUGACUGUCCUCAGAGGACAGUGGGAUGGCACUGACGAGGACAUGGAGAAUGAAAGGGGGGAUUCAAGGAUGUCAGGAGACAUCAGUGAUGAGGGUCCCGACUGUGUGGAUGAUGCACUGAGGAGCUCCAGAGAGACAGAGAUGACGGAUCUCCAACAGCUAGAAAACGAGUUUGCCAUGCUGAUAUACAGAAAUGGUUUGGUCUUCGAUGUGAAGACAGACUCAUCUUAAAAUGGACCUAGCAGAGGGUCUUACUGCCUCGAAGCAAAGGAUUACACAAACAUACCUCGGCUGAAUUAUUUGUGGACUCACUGUACACUUAAACCUGGAAGGAUUAAAUUUUUCAUUUUCCAAAAUGUAUGAUUUUUUUUGUCUCUUUUGAUGGAAAUUAUCCGCUGAAUCACCUUGUUUUAAUGGAGCUCAGUGUAUGGGCGUUUAGUAAUUAACCAACCACUCAGCAGAGUUCAGAUACAGCCUCACAAACCAACUCCUCAUCACAUCCUGCAUUCUUCUGUCACCACCACCACCAGGGUCCAGACUACAUCAGGGGGGUAUCCUACCCUCCGAGCACAUGAAGUCAUCAUGACAGAUUCUAAUCGCCAAAGAUAUUCCACAUUGAUCUUUUCUAAAUUGUUAAAUGAAUUGUUGUUCAUUCUUAAUGAAGUCUCUCCUGAUUUAAAUAUAAAUAUACGAUGUUCUUGUUUUGAA